AUGACAGUCCGAUCCUCCACAGACGUGGAGUCUGCUCCGCGCGUUCAACUCGUCAAGAAAUCCAUGUGGCAGUCUAUCUUCGACAACCCUAAGGUUCUUGCCAUUGCCUUCUUUGCUUCAUUCGGAGGUUUUGAAUAUGGCUACCAACAAGGUGUACUAGGCCAGUCCCUGGUCAUGACCCGCUUCAUAGACAACUUCCCCACAGUCGUCGCCUCAUCAACAUCAACAGGCUGGUUAACCUCAGUCCUGCAACUGGGCGGUAUCGUCGGCUCCCUGUCAGCCGGUAUUAUCGGCGAGAUCUACUCGCGCAAAUACACCAUGUUCUUCGCCUGCUGCUGGGUUAUCCUCGGCAGCUACCUCUACAUCGGUGCGACAGCCGGCAACCCCUCUCUCCUGUAUGCUGGCCGUUUCUUCACCGGCCUCGGUGUCGGUCUAUUCAGCGGUGUUGGUCCUCUCUACAAUGCCGAACUGGCAGCCCCCGAGAUGCGCGGUCUGCUCGUCUCCUUCUACCAAUUCGCUACUAUUCUCGGUAUCAUGAUUUCCUUCUGGGUCGGCUACGGCAGCAACAACAUCGGCGGCACGGGUGACACGCAGUCUGAUCUUGCGUGGCGCUUGCCUUCCAUCAUUCAGGGUAUUCCUGCUGUUGCGCUGGCUUGCGGUAUCUGGUUCAUGCCUUUCUCGCCCCGUUGGCUGGUUAAGCAGGGCCGUGAUGAGGAGGCUCAGAGUACGCUUGCUUGGAUGCGCAAGCUUCCUGUUGAGCACGAGCUUGUGCAGAUGGAGUACCUCGAAAUCAAGGCUGAGGCUGUCUUUGAGAAGCGCGCGUUUGCUAUCGCUUCGCCUAAGCUUGCGGAUAAGGAGAAGAGCAGCGUUUUCAUGAACCAGAUUGCGCAGUAUACCAACUGCUUCCGCACGAUGGAUAACUUCAAGCGUGUUUCCAUUGCUUGGUUGGUUAUGUUCUUCCAGCAAUGGAGUGGUAUCGAUGCUAUUAUUUACUACGCUUCCAACGUCUUCGUCAGCCUCGGUCUGACUGGCGGUACCAUUGCCCUCUUGGCCACCGGUGUGACCGGUGUCGUCUUCCUUAUCUCUACCGUCCCCGGAAUGUUGGUCAUCGACAAGGUCGGCCGCAAGCCCAUGCUUCUGGGUGGAUCAUUCGUCAUGUUCGCCAGCAUGGUCAUCGUCGGCGUAAUCGUCGCCAAGUUCCAACAUGACUGGCCCAACCACGUAGCAGCCGGCUGGACCGCAGUUGCUCUAAUCUGGCUCUACAUCGCAAGCUUCGGCGCCACCUGGGGCCCCGUCUCCUGGACUCUGGUCUCCGAGAUCUUCCCUCUCUCCAUCCGCGCCAAGGGUGCCUCCAUCGGUGCUUUUAGCAACUGGAUCAACAACUUCGCCAUCGCGUUCUUCGUGCCUCCUAUGCUCGAGGACUGGCAAUGGGGUACCUACAUCUUCUUUGCUGGUUUCCUUGCCGUCGGUAUCGCCUGGGUUUGGUUCUUCCUGCCCGAGACCAAGGGUGCUUCUCUCGAGGAUAUGGAUCGUGUGUUUAACAGUAACGCUGGCGAGCAGGAUGCCGAGCUCCUCCGUGAGGCACAGCGCGAUGUUGGCCUGACUGCUUUCCUUCAGCGUAUGUCGGGUGGCGCUGAUAUGGAGAAGAGUGAAGGAUCACAGUAUAUUGAGAAGCUUUGA